AUGAGCACAGCGGGCUUGGUGCUCUUGGGGCUUGCUCCGAGGUUUAGGGCCACAAUCUCUAACCCAGAGGAGGGCAACUUUUGCUCAAAAAACCAAGUGGCCUUCAGAGACUCUUGCUAUGAAUUUGCGCCUCUUGGUCGCACCUUUUAUGGGGCCCAGAGCUGGUGUGAGGAGCAAGGGGGGCAUUUGGUCUUUAUUCACGAUGAAGACACCCAACAGUUUCUGCAGAAGCACAUCUCACAGGACAGGGAAUGGUGGAUUGGACUCAUAGGGAACUCGGCAGAUGGAACCACAGAAGGGCCAGGGAGCUGGCUGGAUACCUCAAAUGUGAGCUACAGCCCCUGGCACAGAGGACAGGCCUCUCCUGCACCAAACACCUGUGGUUACAUCGGGAGAGAUGCUUCCUUUGGGUGGGCGGCGUCAGACAACUGCACGCAGCCGUUUGCCUUCAUCUGCAAGUUUGGUGCUCGCCAGAGUCUGGCCUGUGAUGGCCUCAAUGCCACCAUGCACUGUGGCUCAGGGGAGGUCAUCCAGAUCCAGGAUGCCUUCUAUGGGUGCCAGAUUCCCCAUUAUUGCACCUAGGGUGCUGCAGGCCCCUCAGAGGAGGAAUGCAGCUGGGCCAGCGUCAAGGAUGAAGUGGCAGGCCAGUGCCAGGGGCUGCAAGUAUGCCAGGUGGCAGCAGAUGGGACCUACUUUGGAGACCUGUGCCCCACCCAGGGCAGCUACCUGUGGGUGCAUUACCAGUGCCAAGAAGGCCUGCAGCUGAUGGUGUCCAACGAGAGUUUCAUCUUUGAAAAUGUCACCAUCUCCCUCACAUGGCUCCUCUCUCCCUUCAUUGGAAAUCUGUCAUGUAUAAUUAGUACAGGAGAUGGCCACACUUUCGAUCCCUACUACCCCCCCAGUUCAUCCAGCAACGUGACCCACCAGUUCAGAGCCCCUGGGGAAUUCACUGUGUUUGCUGAGUGCACAACCACUGAGUGGCAUGUGAUGGCUCAGAAGCACGUGACCAUCCGAGACAAGAUGGAGAGGCUCCAUGUGACCGGGUGCUCCAGCCUGUCCAAGUCAGGAGCCAGCCCUCUCUGCCGCACUGUCUCUGGGGACCUGCUGUGGAUUCAGGUGGUACUUGAUGGAGGAACUGGGGUGACUUACACUGCACUGUUUGGUAACAUAACCCUGGCUGAGUUCACCACACCGAGGGGCCUGCUACCCUACAAUCUGACCCUGGACAGAGCAGCUCAGCAGAGGAUGGGCCCCGGGAUGCACCACCUGGAGAUCCGAGCCACCAGCAACACUACCACCUCUGCACCCUCUAGAAACAUCACAGUCCACUUCAUGGAACUUCUGUCAGGGCUACAGGCCUCCUGGGGUUCUGACCACUUGGAGCUUGGACAAGACCUACUGGUCAACAUCUCAGUGGCUCAUGGCAUCCCAGAGGGGCUGACCUUUGAAGUGGCAGGACUCAAUGCAAACUUCAGCCAUCAAGAAGAAAGCCUCAAGGGGCCAUUUGGGAUUUACCAUGUGGCAGUUCCUCUUGAAGGCACCUUUCUGGUCACUGUGACGGUGAGGAAUGCCUUCUCAAACUUAAGUUUGGAAGUCGGAAGCAUCGCUGUCACAGCUCCUUCCAGUCUACAAGAACCAUCUGGAACAAAUGCCAAGGAAAAGAAUAGAGAGAAAGGGAAUGUGCGGGUGUAUGUGGAACCUGGUCAGUAUGUGGGUCCUUUCACGACUGUGACUCUGGGCUGGCCAGACAGUGACAAGGAUUUACGCUUCCAGUGGUCAUGUGGACAUUGCUGAGCCCAGCGGAGCUACUGUGUUGAGAGGCAGCUGCUCUGCACAGACCAAAGGGAGCUGGUGCUUCCUCCGUCCUGCCUGCCACCACCCAACUCUGCCAUCACCCUGCGCCUGGCCACCUGGAGAGGCAGGGAGCUGGAGAACCGGGAGGAGCAGUGCCUCUAUGUGUCCGCCCCCCUGGAACUCAGGCCUCGAGUCAGUUGUGAGAACUGCAGACCAGCGAAUGCCAGUGAAGAUGUCGUGCUCAGAGUCACCAUGCGGGACAACUCCUCAGUGGCCAUGUUCAACUGGUAUUUAGAGGACACCUGUCUGGAGAAGGCUGAGCCUCUCCCGGCUGCCUGCGGAUUCCAGGAAUUUUGGCUGAGUGCUUUAAUCCUCCUUCAGAGCAACACCUCCAUGCUGCGGUUGAACAGCUCCUUCCUGCAGACCUGGGGCCAGGCCAUCCGGAUCAGAGCCACAGCAGUGACUGGGCAUGCCUAUGGGGAGGACACCUAUGUGAUCAGCUCUCUGCCUCCCCCUGAGGUGCCCAUCUGCACCAUCACCCCAGAGGAGGGUACCAUUCUGACACGCUUCACCAUCUUCUGCAACACAUCCUCGGCCCUGGGCCCCCUGGAGUACUGCUUCUGUCUGGAGUCAGAACAAAUGCGAUGCCUUAUGCCAGAGGUGGGCCCAAGUGACCCUCAGAAGGACAAUGCCUACAAGCAGUGCUACCUUCAGCUGGAACACAUGGAGCAAGAGCUUCAGCUGGUGGGGCCCCGUGGCUUCCCCCAGAGCCAGAGCCACGCCCGGGCCCUCAGCCAGGUGCAGAUGCUGAAGGGCUGCCUGGGGGGACAGCUGGGCACCCCACCCCCAGGGUACACCAGCUUCUUGAUGGCGAGCAAGCAUCCUCAGGGCCUGCCCUGGUGGUGCGUCCUGGUGGGCUGGCUCCUGGUGGCAGCCACCAGCAGCGUGGCAGCCUUUUUCACCAUGCUCUAUGGCCUGCACUAUGGGCCGGGCAGCUCCCUCAAGUGGCUCAUCUCCAUGGCCGUCUCCUUCGUGGAGAGCGUGUUUGUCACCCAGUCCCUGAAGGUCAGAUGCUUUGCAGCCUUCUUUGCACUGGUCUUGAAGAGAGUGGAAAAUGAGGAGGAGCCUGUGACCUCCCUCCCAGGACGUCUGUCUGGCCCAGGCCCUUCUGCCUUGUUUCGAGCACAAAGAUGCAGCAGAAAGGACAUUUACCAGCCGCCUUUGGCCAUUGACAUCGAGAAGAUGAAAACCACCCAUCUCAAGGAACAGAAGGCAUUUGCCUUCAUCAGAGAAAUCUUGGCAUACCUGGGCUUCCUGUGGAUGCUGCUGCUGGUUGUCUAUGGGCAGAGGGACCCCAGCACCUACCACUUCAACAGACACCUUGAGCACAGCUUCACCCAGGGCUUUUCAGCUGUGUUAAGCUUCAAGGAAUUCUUCAUGUGGGCCAACACCACCCUCGUGAGCAACCUGUACAGUCAUUACCCAAGCUUUAUCACUGAUGGGAACUCUAAGCUGGUUGGCAGUGCCCAGAUUCGCCAAGUGAGGGUCCUGGAAAGCUCUUGCCCUCUUGCCCCACAGCUGCAGGCUUCUCUUGAUGGAUGCCAUGCACCAUAUUCCCUGGAUAUUGAAGACCUGUCAGACUAUGGGGAAGGCUGGAAUGCCUCCAUACCCAAUAACAGCAGUGGCUUUUCCCAGGCUUGGCAGUACCAGAGCCAGAGCCAAUGCCGAGGGUAUCCCAUCUGGGGCAAACUCACUGUGUACCGGGGAGGAGGUUAUGUGGUCCCCUUGGGGACUGAUCGCAAAAGUGCAUCAAGAAUUCUCCAGUACCUCUUUGACAACACCUGGCUGGACAGACUGACCAGAGCCGUUUUUGUGGAGUUCAUUGUUUACAACGCCAACGUCAACCCGUUCUGCAUCAUCAUUCUGACCCUGGAGACUAGCGCCCUGGGAACCUUCUUUGCACAUAUGAGCCUGCAGAGCCUGCGCCUGUACCCCUUCACUGACGGCUGGCACCCCUUCGUGCUAGCAGCAGAGGCCAUCUACCUCCUGUUCCUCCUCUACUACAUGAUUUUGCAGGGCAAGCUCAUGAGGAAACAGAGGUGGUGCUAUUUCCAUAGCAAGUGAAAUCUUCUGGAGCUGACCAUCAUCCUGGCCAGCUGGAGUGCCCUGGCGAUGUUUGUGAAGAGGGCCAUCCUGGCAGAACGUGAAAUCCAGUGCUACCGGAACCAUGGGGAGGAGGGUAUCAGUUUCAGUGAGACAGCAGCGGCUGAUGCUGCCCUUGGCUACAUUAUUGCCUUCCUGGUGUUGCUGUCCACAGUGAAGCUUUGGCAUCUGCUCAGGUUGAACCCCAAAAUGAAUAUGAUCACUUCAGCCCUACGCCGUGCUUGGGGGGACAUUUCAGGCUUUAUCAUCAUCAUCCUUAUCAUGCUUCUGGCUUACUCCAUUGCAUCAAACUUAAUAUUUGGUUGGAAACUCCAUUCCUACAAAACCCUCUUUGAUGCAGCAGAAACGAUGAUCAGCCUUCAGCUAGGAAUCUUUAACUAUGAGGAGGUCCUAGACUACAGCCCAGUGCUUGGCUCCUUCCUGAUUGGGUCUUGCAUCAUUUUCAUGACAUUUGUAGUGCUGAAUCUAUUUAUCUCUGUCAUCCUGGUGGCCUUCAAUGAGGAGCAAAAAUAUGAUCAGCUGUCGGAGGAAGGAGAGAUUGUUGAUUUGUUGCUGAUGAAAAUACUUGGUUUCCUGGGUAUUAAAUGUAAAAAAGAGGAGCCUGGAAACAGCAGUGAGCAGCCCAAGUAG